AUGUCUAACAAAACCUACAACGAACUACUAGUGGAAACAUCAGAACUGAUAGGCGAAGCCACUCAAGCGGAUGAAGCACUUUUUGAAGCAGGGGCCGCUGAAAGGAACACUCUUCUACCAGUCUUACUAGAACUUAAAGUAAGAUACACAAUACUGCUAAGUAGGCUGGAUGCAGUGUACGACCAAUUGCUGCAGCCACAAAAGCGCAUGAUUGUUAGAAGACUGUUGGAGUCCUGUUUGGGAAGGUUGAUCGAGAUCAAACAUGAUUUGGUUGAGAUGCGAUUGACGGAUAUUACUUUUGAUGAUGAUGAGGCACUCGUAAAACUUCAAGUCACACCAAAUCAAGUGGAACCAUGCAUCCCACAAUUCUUCAUUCGUGAGAGAGAAGAAGAGAUUGAAAGCAGACGUCAGUUCGUCCUGGACACUUUGAGGAAGCUGGGUUAUGAACCUCCGAAGCCACAACCUUUGGUUCUAACGGAACAGCAGGCUGUGACUAUAAUACAGAGUCAUGAAAGGGCUAGGCAGGGAAGAUUGAGGGGACAGUUCAUGAAAGAAAUUCGUCUUCUCAAAGAAAAGGGCAGAGACCAAAAAGGGGAGAUGUCAGCAGCUGCAGCAACUGCGAUACAAAAGGUUUGGCGUGGAUUCAUUGCUCGAAGAAUGACCAAGCGAAGGAAAAUGGAAGAACAACUAUUGAUUGGUAUGGUAUUGCCACCAUAUUCGGAGUCUGAAGCUAUCAAGAAGGCUGAAGAAGUCAAAGAUAUCCGUAGAAAAUUGCAAUUGGAAAGGGAACAAGAAUACCAAGCAGCUCUCGUCUCAAUAGAAGAUGAUCUUCGAGCACAGCAUGAAAUGAAGAUCAAUGAACAGAUUGGAGAUGAGCUUAGGAGAUGGAUCAGGGAGUACUAUGAUAGAACUGGGAGGUUCCCUGAAAUGCCUUCUGAGGAAAGUGGUGGAAGCAGGGCGAUGUAUAGCCGAACUGGAACUGGCAUGGACAGUGAAAUAAGCAAAUCAUCUCCAGUAUCUUCUAAAGAAUCGAAAAGAAGUAAAGAGAGUAAGGAUAAAAAGAACGGUAAGAGUGAAGAGAAUGGUAAAAACGGUAAAGAGGAUCCAGAUGAUUUUGACACUUAUAAAUGCAUCAGUUCCGCUUUUUUGAAAGAUAUGACUGGUGCUAACGAAGAAUAUGAAGAUAUCUGGAAGUUCAAAGAAGACGCAGAUAAUCCACAUGAGAGAUACUACAAAGACAUGAUAGAAAGAGAGAAGAUGGUCAAAAUAGAACAAGAAAUAAGAAACAUUGUUGAUGAAAUGAUGAGGAGUGAACUGGAGUUACUACAAGCUGCUUAUGACAGGGACAGGGCACAGAAGGGGAAAAAAUCUAAGAAGCAACAAAAGAAGGCACGUCGUGGAGGCAAGAAAAGCAAAAAGAAGAAAGAAAAAGAUUUAACGCCUGACAGAACAACAGAAUCUUUAUUUGAAGAGCUGGUUUCCAACGGUAUAAUAAGACCGUACCCUCUCGUUAAAAUCGAUGAUUAUAUUGGUGAAAAAUGUUAUGUUGGAUCUGAUUAUCGAGAGAGUGGAAUGGAAGCUACACCAUGCUUAGGUGAUAUCAGGCAAUUGGUGAAGGAAUAUUGUAUUUUGCCAUUAGGUUCUGAAUUGGUGAGAAAUAAUGCUCCUCUUGUAAGAUCGGUUCUUCUCACAGGCCCAGCGAAAUGCGGUAAAAAGAUGCUGGUCCAUUCCAUAUGUACCGAAGUUGGAGCAAUGCUCUUUGACCUAACACCUGCAAAUAUAGUGGGCAAGUACCCUGGAAAGUCUGGUCUGAUCAUGUUAAUACAUCUGGUGAUGAAGGUCUCCAGGCUUCUACAGCCAUCAGUCAUAUGGAUGGAUGACGCUGAGAAACCCUUUGUGAAGAAGAUCCCAAAAACUGACAAAACUGAUCCGAAAAGGCUGAAAAAGGAUUUGGUGAAAAUUAUCAAGGGAAUUUGCCCAGAAGAUCGCGUCAUAUUUAUUGGCACUUCAAGAGCUCCAUGGGAUGCAGAACAGAAGCUUCUAUUUCAAUGCUAUCAGAAGAUUAUUCAAGUACCAAGAGCUGAUUACGGAAGUAUUUCUCUGAUGUGGAGAAGUAAGCUACAUAGAGCUGGUGCUUUGAAUCCAAGAUUGGAUAUAUCAUGUCUGUCUAGGAUUUCUGACUCCUAUACUCUAGGUACCCUUCUUGAAGCUCUAGAUGCAGUGCUUACAACGAAAAGGCGUCUACAGCUAAGGGUGCGAGUACUAACAGCAGCUGAAGUGGCAGUCCAGCUCAGUUCUAGAGAACCAGUGUAUGCUGAACAUGAAGCUGCUGCAGAGUCCUGGUGGUAUAAGACGCCGAUGGAGAAGAGAAGACAGAAGGUCAUGCAGAGAUUAGAGGAUGCACAGGUUGAAGCUGAAAAUGGAGGCUAAAUUAUUGAGAA